CCCCAUCUCCGCAUGGGUGUGCAUGUCAGGCUGAACACUUCUGAAAGUUUUCUUCAACAACAAUAGAGAUGCUGGGCGAGGACGUAGACGAGGAGCUGGGCCAGUGGGGCGCCGCCCUGGGCUACAUGGCGGGGCCGGCCGGCCGGGCCGGCAGCAGCAACGGCCUCCUGGCGGACCUGCUGGACGCCACCCUCAGCUCCACCACAGAAUACCCGUCGCCUCUGCUGGACGCCGCUGUGAACGGGACGCCGGCCGGGCCGGACAACGACACGCUGUGCCAGCUGGACCCGGACUGCGCCGCGGCGCUCGCCUUCAGAGAGACCAGCCGCUUCGUCGUCCAGAGGAUCCUUGUGCCCAUCCUCACCGUUAUCGGUGUGACGGGCAACAUGGCGACGACGGUGGUGCUGUCUCGGCCGCGCAUGCGCUCCUCGACCAACACUUACCUGUGCGCGCUGGCCGUGUCCGACCUGCUGUACCUGUGCUUCAUCCUGACGCUCUCCUUCAAGCACUACCCGGGCAUGGACCAGGAGAGACACUCGCGCUACUGGUACUACCUGCCCUACGGCCACUGGCUCACCGACGCCACAAGUAGUAAUGCUGCUCUCAGGCAGUUAGCUGCCGGCCUGUCAAACACGUCAUUCAGGGGCCCUCCGGGAACCAAAGCGGCCUCUGUUCAGAUGCUCCACAGUGAAAGCUUCGCGCUGCUCACAACCAAGUUUCUAACUUCGUCACAGUUUUUCUUCCUCGAGCCUCUUAGUUUCUGUUAUUCCGACCUUCUGACGUUUGGGUAA